CGAAACCGGGAGCGGCGGCUAGCAGGGGCGGGGCAGUGUAGCGGCCGGCUGGUCAGGCUCCGCACCGUGCUGGGGCGCGGGGCGUAACCCCCGUUAGGAGCCAUGCUCGGCAGGUCUGGGUACCGGGCGCUGCCCUUGGGGGACUUUGACCGUUUCCAGCAGUCGAGCUUCGGCUUCCUGGGCUCGCAGAAGGGUUGCUUGUCCCCGGAGCCGGGCGGCGUGGGGCCGGGGGCCGAUGCACCUCAGAGCUGGCCUUCCUGCCUCUGCCAUGGCCUCAUCAGUUUCCUGGGGUUCUUGCUGCUGCUGAUCACCUUCCCCAUUUCUGGUUGGUUUGCCCUGAAGAUCGUGCCCACCUAUGAGCGCAUGAUCGUGUUUCGACUGGGCCGGAUCCGCACCCCUCAAGGACCUGGUAUGGUUCUCCUCCUGCCCUUCAUUGACUCUUUUCAGAGGGUGGAUCUGAGGACACGAGCCUUCAGUGUCCCUCCUUGCAAGCCCCUCUUUCAUGGCCUCCCCCAACAGUUGGCCUCUAAGGAUGGGGCUGUUCUGUCUGUGGGGGCUGACGUCCAGUUCCGCAUCUGGGACCCGGUACUGUCGGUGAUGACAGUGAAGGACCUGAACACAGCCACACGCAUGACGGCCCAGAAUGCCAUGACCAAGGCUCUGCUCAAGAGGCCUCUGCGGGAGAUCCAGAUGGAGAAGCUCAAGAUCAGCGACCAGCUCCUGCUGGAGAUCAACGAUGUGACCAGGGCCUGGGGGCUGGAGGUGGACCGCGUGGAGCUGGCAGUGGAGGCCGUGCUCCAGCUGCCCCAGGACAGUCCAGCUGGGCCCAGCCUGGACAGCACCCUGCAGCAGCUGGCCCUCCACUUCCUGGGAGGAGGCAUGUCUUCAGUGGCAGGAGGUGCCCCACUCCCCGAGCCGGCAGAUACCUUGGAUAUGGUGAACGAGGUUGAGCCGUCUGCCCCUCAUGGUGGUGCCAGGUCCAGCCCCAAGCAGCCUGUGGCCGAGGGGCUGCUGAUGGCUCUGAAGCCCUUCCUGUCUGAGGCCCUGGUCAGCCAGGUCGGGGCCUGCUACCAGUUCAAUGUCGUCCUGUCCAGUGGCACUCAGAGCAUCUACUUCUUGGACCUCACUACAGGGCAAGGGAGGGUGGGACAUGGGGUGCCUGAUGCCAUCCCUGAUGUGGUGGUGGAGAUGGCUGAGGAGGACCUGCAGGCCCUGUUGUGCAGGGAGCUGCGGCCCCUGGGGGCCUACAUGAGCGGACGGCUGAAGGUGAAGGGCGACCUGGCUGUGGCCAUGAAGCUGGAGGCUGUCCUCAGAGCCUUGAAGUAGCAGGUUUGUCUGACUGUCCAUAGCCCAGCCCCGAGCCUGGCACCAAGCCAGGGGGGCAUCUUGGAGGAGGAGUCAUUGACACUGCACCUUGGAUUGUUGAGGCCCUGAGAAGUUUCAGGCCCAGCAAGAGCCAAUGAGUGGAGGCUGGGAGACCCUGGAGACUGGGAAAGGCCGAGUCAGGCAGCCCUGCCCUUCUCACCCACAGUGGUUCUCUGGACAAGCCUUUGCUGAUCCUGGUCCCCUGCCGAGUACCUGGUCUGAGCUGGGUACACAGCGCAUGACAGGAGAGCCAGGCCUGCUGUGCUCUGCUGGCUGCCUGACUGGAGAGUCAGGGCUGACAGAAAACAGCCUGACAGCCGCGGGUUUGGUCCCAGUGUGAGGGAGCAGUGCAUGCAGCUCAGGCUGCAAGCCCCAGAAGCGGGGUCAGAGAGGCUGGAGGAGGGAGAGGGAAGGUGGCCACCAAGAAGAGGUCCCUGCAGUGGGAGGGAUCUGGGGAUGGGCUGGGUCCGCCCCGCUGACUGCAGUCCAGGCCCAGGCUGGGGGGGAUGGGGACAGGAAAGGGGCUGGCUCCUCCCCGGCCCUGCUCGUGAAGAUGUCUUGACUCAUCUCCCAGCUCGGUCUUGCAUGCCUGACGGACUGGAGCCCAGGGCAGCAUGAAGGAGAGCCCUGCUGUUCCUGUGCUUUCCGGAGGUGUGAAAACCUCAAAUAAAUGUGAUGUUUACAAUGUAUUUGGAGAGAAAUAGGGGUAAUGGAGGUGGGUCGGAGGGUCUCUGAGGUGAUGCCCCUGCUGCCGGACCGGGGCCCAGGCCCUGAAGGGUGGCACAAGCCCUGACAGUGUUCUUCAGUCACCCACAGUUCCCCUUCCUGCCAUGGGUCUCAAAGCAGGCAGAAGCAGGGCACUCUGUUCCUCUUUAUAGUCAGGGUAGAGGUUUGGCAGGAAAGAGGGGGUGUGGGUGUGACAGAGCUGGUCUGGCAAACAUUAACCUAACGAAGGCAGGGCUGGGGGCUCGUAUCACAUUCAAGAGAGGGGUAGGAGCUGCUUUCAGCUGCCCCUCCUGUUAUACCCCUGGUCACUGUUUCCCUACUGUUCUGGCCCAAACCUCAGGGACCCCAGAGAAGGGGGGGGCCUUAGACAUCUCGGGUUCUAAGAAAUGAUGAAUCUCACAUCCUGGAGAGACUUGUUAAAAAAAAAAAAAAAAGCCACAGAAAUUUGAGGCUCCUCUUUGAGGAGCAGCCUCUGGCUUGUGCUCUGGCACCAGGCCUUCCCCUCAGGGCCCUCUCCAGCUGCCUUGGCACCAGGCUCCAUCCAGUUUGCCCUUUUGUUCCUGCCAGUGCCCGUCUUGGCCUCUUGUAGGUCCUCCCAGCAUAGACCAAACCACCAUUGGGUUCCGGUUUCAGCCCCAGGGCCCCUUCCUGGAGGGCCAGAGCCCCAGGUUGCUGCCCCUGCUCUGUCCCUCUCUCCACUCCUGGAGGCCACCCAGCCAGGGCUGCCUGUUCAAAAGCCUUCCCUCCAAUCCCCACCAGCCACACGCCCGCUGCCCGUGAGCCCUGGUGGGGCGUGAUCUUCUCUGCUUGGCCUGGGCUCCCCCUCUACUCUGGCGCUGUCGUUGUGCCUGUUCCCCACUGUGUCUGUCAGGGGUCUUGUGUAAGUGCCCACCCUCCCUGCUGGACCAUGAGCUUCCUGCCUGAGCCGUCCAUCGCUGUUCCCUCCAUUGCUACUGCACACAGCGCCCCAGGGGGAAGAGGGGAAACCCCAGGCGUCUUCCUCUUGAAAGCUUAAGGGAAACCGAAACUCAGAUUUUCUCCGUGGCUGUUGGAGGACCAGCAUCACAGGGGCAACAAACUUUUCUAGAUGUCUGUGUGGGUGGAGAGCAAAGCCUGCUGCCUGCGGUUAAUACCCUCCUGUCGAGGGGAACUCAUUCCUUGGUGAAGCCAGCACUCCAGGAAAGGGAGCCCACAGGUUCAAGGCCUCUGAGUUUCGGAGGACCCAGCAGAC